CGGGGCGGGGCGGGGCUAUGGCGAGGAGGAGGAAGAUGGCGGGAGGGCGGCUCUGAGGAGACCUCGGCGGCGGCGGAGGAGGAGAGAAGCGCAGCGCCGCGCCGCGCCGCGCCGGGGCCCAUGUGGGGAGGAGUCGGAUUCGCUGUUGCCGCCGCCGCCGUCGCUGCCGCCUCCCGUAACUGCUGGACACGAGUGGAAGUGAGGGGGAAACGUCAGGAUGAAGUUCGCUGAGCACCUCUCCGCGCACAUCACUCCCGAGUGGAGGAAGCAGUACAUCCAGUAUGAGGCUUUCAAGGAUAUGCUGUAUUCAGCUCAGGACCAGGCACCUUCUGUGGAGGUUACAGAUGAGGACACGGUAAAGAGGUAUUUUGCCAAGUUUGAAGAAAAAUUUUUCCAAACCUGUGAAAAGGAGCUUGCCAAAAUCAACACAUUUUAUUCAGAAAAGCUUGCAGAGGCUCAGCGCAGGUUUGCUACACUUCAGAAUGAAUUGCAGUCAUCCCUGGAUGUGCAGAAAGAAAGCACUGGCGUUACGACGCUGCGGCAGCGCAGAAAGCCAGUCUUCCACCUGUCCCACGAGGAACGCGUCCAGCAUAGGAAUAUUAAAGACCUUAAACUGGCCUUCAGCGAGUUCUACCUCAGUCUUAUCCUGCUGCAGAACUAUCAGAAUUUGAAUUUUACAGGGUUUCGAAAAAUCCUUAAAAAGCAUGACAAGAUCCUGGAAACAUCUCGUGGAGCAGAUUGGCGAGUAGCUCAUGUAGAAGUGGCCCCAUUUUAUACGUGCAAGAAAAUCAACCAGCUCAUCUCCGAAACUGAGGCUGUAGUGACCAAUGAACUUGAAGAUGGUGACAGACAAAAAGCUAUGAAACGUUUACGUGUUCCCCCUUUGGGAGCUGCUCAGCCUGCACCAGCAUGGACUACUUUUAGAGUUGGCCUAUUUUGUGGAAUAUUCAUUGUACUAAAUGUUACCCUUGUGCUUGCCGCUGUAUUUAAACUUGAAACAAGUAGAAGUGUAUGGCCCUUGAUAAGAAUCUAUCGGGGUGGCUUUCUUCUGAUUGAAUUCCUUUUCCUACUGGGCAUCAACACGUAUGGUUGGAGACAGGCUGGAGUAAAUCAUGUGCUCAUCUUUGAACUGAAUCCGAGAAGCAAUUUGUCUCAUCAACAUCUUUUUGAGAUUGCUGGAUUCCUUGGGAUACUGUGGUGCCUGAGCCUUCUGGCAUGCUUCUUUGCUCCAAUUAGUGUCAUCCCUACAUAUGUGUACCCACUUGUCCUUUAUGGAUUUAUGGUUUGCUUUCUUAUCAACCCCACCAAAACUUUCUAUUAUAAAUCCCGGUUUUGGCUGCUUAAACUGCUGUUUCGAGUAUUUACAGCCCCCUUCCAUAAAGUAGGCUUUGCGGAUUUCUGGCUGGCCGAUCAACUGAACAGCCUGUCCGUGAUACUGAUGGACCUGGAAUAUAUGAUCUGCUUCUACAGCUUUGAGCUCCAAUGGGAUGCAAGCGGGGGCCUGUUGCCAAAGACAUCAAAAGACACAGAACCAGAAAUUUGCCACAAUUACUCAUAUGGUGUGCGGGCCAUUGUUCAGUGCAUUCCUGCUUGGCUUCGCUUCAUCCAGUGCCUGCGCAGAUACCGAGACACAAAAAGGGCCUUUCCUCAUUUAGUUAAUGCUGGGAAGUACUCGACAACUUUCUUCAUGGUGACGUUUGCAGCCCUGCACAGCACUCACAAAGAACGAGAGCACUCAGACACCAAGGUGUUCUUUUACCUGUGGAUUGUCUUUUGUAUCAUCAGUUCCUGUUACACCCUUAUCUGGGAUCUGAAGAUGGACUGGGGUCUCUUUGAUAAAAACGCAGGGGAAAACACCUUCCUCCGGGAGGAGAUUGUGUACCCCCAGAAAGCCUAUUACUACUGUGCCAUCAUAGAGGAUGUGAUACUGCGCUUUGCUUGGACUAUUCAAAUCUCAAUUACCUCCAUGACUGAGUUGCCUCAUUCUGGGGACAUCAUUGCUACUGUCUUUGCUCCCCUUGAGGUUUUCCGGCGAUUUGUGUGGAACUUCUUCCGCCUGGAGAAUGAACACCUGAAUAACUGUGGUGAAUUCCGUGCUGUGCGGGACAUCUCUGUGGCGCCUCUGAACGCAGAUGAUCAGACACUCCUGGAGCAGAUGAUGGACCAGGAUGAUGGGGUACGAAACCGCCAGAAGAACCGGCCGUGGAAGUACAGCCAGAGCAUAUCCCUGCGCCGGCCUCGCCUCGCUUCUCAAUCCAAGACUCGUGACACUAAGGUAUUGAUAGAAGACACAGAUGAUGAAGCUAACACUUGAAUCCUCUGAAGUCUAGAUUAACAUCCUUGGUUUUCCUACUCAACAAUUCUUUCCUCGACCAACGCAACCUCUAGUAUCUUUCCAGCCGAAAACAAGAGAAGACAUAUAACACAUUUUCCGAGCUCUUCCAGAUCGGAUCCUAUGGACUCCAAACAAGCUCACUGUGUUUCUUUUCUUUUAUUCUGGUUUAAUUUUGAUUUUCUAUUUUUAAAACAAAUAUGUACUUCAUUUUUGCCAAUCAGAGGACAUUUUAAGGAACAAAAACAUAGUAUCUUACGGAUUGUUUACAAUCACAAGGACACAGAUACCUAUCAGGAUGAAGAACAGGCAUUGCAAGGACCCUCUGAUGGGAUGGUACUGAGAGACCUUGGCUUCCGCUUGGCCUGGUUUUGACUGGUUGAAACCGGACAUUGGUUUUUAAAUUUUUUGUCAGUCUGUGUGGAGAAUUUUUUCCUUUCCUUCAUACCCAGCGCAAAAGCACUGGCCGCACUUGCAGGGAAAGUGCAACUUAGAUCAGUACCUUCAUUCACGAAGCUACUUUUUAAUUUGAUGUAACUUUUCUUAUUUUGGGGAGGGUUGCUGGGUGGGCGGGAAAUAUGAUGUAUUUGUUACAUAUAGUUUUCUCAUUAUUUAUGAAACUUAACCAUAAAAGAAUGCUAUAACUCCUGUGCAAUGAAGGUGACACAGUGAAAGAAGACAGGGGAACCUGAUGUUGAAUAGUGUUUCUGAGGGUUUAGUCCACAAUACCUCUUUCAUGAGACAGCUUGUACCAGUUUGACUUUUUCUUUUCUUUUUUAUUUUAAGCCAAAGUUUCAUUACUGAUUUUUUAAGUUGCUGCUGCCUUAGAAUUCUGCACGUGUCUCAUAACAGAGCAUCCACACACCUUCACACAACCGGUUUAAAUUUAUUUAAGAGGUCUGAUGCCUUUUUUUUUUUUUUAAGGGACAGGCAUGGAAUACAUUUGCCCAUAUUCCAACCGUAACGACUAAAGUCCUGCCUUAUUAAGCUUCAACAUGUAGCGUAAUUGAAUAGUAUAACCUUUACUAACUCUGAAUUAGAAGACAAGGUUACUUGAGAGACUCUCUACACCCUCAUCGGAUAGCUUUUCUUCUGGGCUCACUUAACAUUAGCCAGAAUUUGAUCAAAUUAAGUCUGUCUUGGGGAAACCAUAUUUUUGAGAGCCUAGAACAAAUGAGCCUCCCUGUUUCACGUCACAGAUAAAGCAGACCAUGGCUGCCGUUUCUCCCAGCAGUUUUAAAGAACGAACCUUGGAUGACAUGCCCUCCUGUGAUAGGAAACCUGCUUUUAAAAUUUUGGGGGUCUAAGCUUGGUCAUACACAAAAAGUAUAUUUCUUAGACAUUUCAGACUAUCAUCGUCUGUACACAAUGCCCAUUUUCACUAUGUUGUCUAAUUUCUUUCCUAUGUUCAUAACUCAGCCAGAUAAGCCCCAGAACUGUAAGGGGUUUUACUUGCUUGAAUGUGGUUGGCAUUAAAUUCAGCAUUUCAUUAUCUAACAAAACUAAUAGAAAUACUGGGAAAAAGUAAAAUGUGUUUUUAUCCUCCCUUACCCCCAGAUCCAGAUGAAGGUUCCAAAGUCACCCUCAGUGGGUUUGUGAAAUUAAAUUACUGCCGUCAUUUUCAGCUUAAUUUUAGACAAAAGAACAAAUUAAGUGGAAGGACAGCUAUUAUUACUUAUUUAGUCUUAAAAACAUACAAUUAUUGCUCCUUUUAUCAUCAGCUCUUCUCCCAUUGCAUUACAAAUCUUUACUCAUACCUGUCAUGAUUUCAGUAGAUUCAAGUUACCCUUGCUACCAAAAUUCUAUCAGUUAACUGACAGAUAGUUUCUUUUUUAAGGAAUUUCUGCCAUCUUUAUUCUGCCACACUUCCAAAAUUUGUUUCGUUUGUGAAUCAAGAUUUUUUUUUUAAUCAUACAACUUUGUGGCUUUUAUUGCUUUUUUGUGUUUUGCCAAGCAUGUUCCCUGUUGCAAACUUGAAGAGGAAAAGCUUAAUUACUAGUUUGUUUGUUUGUUUGUUUGUUUGUUUGUUUGUUUGUUUGUUUAUAGUUUAAAUGAAUUGAAUCAUUCAUAAUAAUUAGUGGUAACAAUUUAGUGCCCCUUAAUAGAUUAAAGGUUGCAUUAUUUAUACUUGG